AUGGGACAUAGCACAUCUAUAGCUGAAGGCCUGACAGCAAUUCCUGCCAAAGAGACCUAUGUGUGGUACAGAAAAUGCAUGAUGGGAUAUCCCUCUGGCCUGCAAACUCUGCGUGAAUUUAAGACACUCUUGGGUUUGCAAGGUCUGAAUCAAAAGGCCAAUCAACAUGUUGAUCAAGUCUCUAAUACCUUUGACAAGAACAAGGAUGGAUUUAUUGACUUUUUAGAGUUUAUUGCUGCUGUAAAUCUAGUUGUAUGAGGAAAACUGGGGCAAAAGUUAAAGCGGUAUUUUAAGCUGUAUGAUGCUGAUGGAAAUGGUUCUAUGGACAAAAAGGAACUGCUGAACGUCUUCAUGACUGUACAAGCCCUCAAUGGUCAGCAAACUCUGAGUCCUGAAGAAUUCACCAACUCGGUGUUUCAUAAGAUUGAUAUAAACCAUGAUGGUAAGGCAGCUACUCUCCUAAGGCUGUUUUCUUCCAAAAACCACUGCUUUAGAAGAAUUUAUCAGUGGUACAGAAAAAGAUCAGGAGCUUCUUGAGGUUGUUUCUGAGAGCUUCGACUUCUCCAAUGUACUGGAAGUUACCUGUAA